CCCCGCUCCGCCAGGCUGGGUCCCAUGGUGUUCCGAUCCCCUCUAGAGCUUUAUCCCACCCACUUCUUCCUGCCGAACUUCCCCAGCGACCCGCACCACCACCACCGCUCGCUGCUCUUGGCCAGCGGCGGCGGCGGCAGCAGCUCCGGAGCUGGAGGAGGCGGCGGCGGCAGCGGCGGUGGCGGCGGCGGCGGCGGCGGCGCUGCCACCGGGUGCGGCAGCGCCGGAUCGGCCGGCGGCGGCGCCUCCUCGCGAGGAGCCCCGGAAGAGCUGUCCAUGUUCCAGCUGCCCACCCUCAACUUCUCCCCGGAGCAGGUGGCCAGCGUCUGCGAGACGCUGGAGGAGACGGGCGACAUCGAGCGGCUGGGCCGGUUCCUGUGGUCGCUGCCGGUAGCCCCCGGGGCGUGCGAGGCCAUCAACAAGCACGAGUCCAUCCUGCGCGCCCGGGCGGUGGUGGCUUUCCACACUGGCAACUUCCGAGACCUCUACCACAUCCUGGAGAACCACAAGUUCACCAAGGAGUCGCACGGCAAGCUGCAGGCCAUGUGGCUGGAGGCCCACUACCAGGAGGCCGAGAAGCUGCGCGGCCGCCCCUUGGGGCCCGUCGACAAGUACCGCGUCCGCAAGAAGUUCCCGCUGCCCCGCACCAUCUGGGACGGCGAGCAGAAGACGCACUGCUUCAAGGAGCGGACUCGCAGCCUCCUGCGGGAGUGGUACCUCCAGGACCCCUACCCCAACCCCAGCAAGAAAAGGGAACUGGCCCAGGCCACCGGCCUCACCCCCACCCAGGUGGGCAACUGGUUCAAGAACCGGCGGCAGCGGGAUCGGGCGGCGGCGGCCAAGAACAGGCUCCAGCACCAAGCCAUCGGGCAGAGCGGCAUGCGGUCCUUGUCGGAGCCCGGCUGCCCGACCCACAGCUCGGCCGAGUCCCCGUCCACGGCGGCCAGCCCCACCACCAGCGUCUCCAGCUUGACGGAACGGGCCGAGACGGGCACGUCCAUCCUCUCGGUCACCUCCAGCGACUCCGAAUGUGAUGUAUGAUAGCGGCCAGGGACGCGGCCCCGAGGAGCGGAAAAGCACAGCCAGGCGAACUGACGCGCC